UGGAUGAUGCUAAGCCAGAGAGCAGCAGCAGCAGCAGCAGCGGGUCCAGCAGGGCCGCUCCAGUGCCGCACUCACUCAGCCCUCUCCGCGCACUAACUGACGUGUUUUGCGCAUUUCCUGGACCAGCCUUCAGACACACACAGUCGGGAGAAAAAGAGGCAGGUCUGGAGGAAACUGUGUACCGACGGACACACAAGGAUCCUGGAAGAAUCAAGUGAGUACGGAACCCUAGUAAACACUGGUUCUUCUGUCUGGGGCGAACCGAAAGACGCUUUUGCGGGGAUAACUUUCCUCCCAAUGCGCGGAGGAGACACAUCCAGCGCUCCAGUCAGACGAGGGAACGGGCUGCUCACCCGGAGGAGAUCCAGCAUAUAUCUCUGGGAUAUUUUGAGGUGUGGAAUGCUGGUCGUAUCGCCGCUGAUACACUGUAGCUGUCCGUUUUCAAUCCCACUUGCAUUGCUGACUGCCUACAGCGGUGUUUGGACAGCUUCACGACCACAUGCAGGUUGUCCGUAGGUCAUAGCAAUAGAUUCCCUUUCUGUCUGGACCUUCUACACUUCGCAUGCAGAUCCACGAGGACGACGAAGGGCAUUUACAGUUAUUUCCUAAGGAGAAACAAUCCCGAAUACAAACCGGUGGACCGUGACAUAGCCUACACCGGCUGAAUAAUUAACCAGGCGCUUAAGUGGAAUAUUGUUACUAAAGCUCUCAAAAGUGGCCAUGGUGGUUUUUAACGGUCUGCUGAAGAUUAAGAUCUGCGAGGCUCUGGACCUGAAGCCCACAGCCUGGUCUCUGAGACACGCUGUCGGCCCCAAGACGCAAACCUUCCUGCUGGACACGUACAUCGCCCUCAACGUAGAUGAUUUUCGCGUGGGUCAGACCUCGACCAAGCAGAAGACCAACAGUCCGGUCUGGCACGAUGAGUUUGUGACGGAGGUGCACGACGGCCGGAAGAUCGAGCUGUCGGUGUUUCACGACGCGCCGAUUGGCUACGACGACUUUGUAGCCAACUGCACCAUUCAGUUCGAGGAGUUGCUGCAAAACGGCAGCAAACACUUCGAGGACUGGAUAGACUUGGAGCCAGAGGGAAAGGUUUACGUCAUUAUCAACUUGUCUGGAUCAUCCAGUGAAGCAGGAAGCUGUGAGAAUGAGGAGCGUGUAUUUCGAGAACGCAUGCGUCCCAGGAAGAGGCAGGGAGCUGUCCGGAGGAGGGUGCAUCAAGUCAACGGACACAAGUUCAUGGCCACCUACCUGAGACAGCCCACCUACUGCUCACACUGCCGUGAUUUCAUCUGGGGUGUAUUAGGAAAGCAAGGGUAUCAGUGCCAAGUGUGCACCUGUGUAGUUCAUAAACGCUGCCAUGAGCUGAUCAUCACGAAAUGUGCAGGUCUGAAGAAACAGGAGGACACCACAGAGGAGGUGGGGUCUCAGCGCUUCAGCGUCAAUAUGCCUCAUAAGUUCAGGAUUCACAACUACAAAGUCCUGACCUUCUGUGACCACUGCGGUUCAUUACUGUGGGGCCUGCUGCGGCAGGGACUCCAGUGCAAAGUUUGUAAGAUGAAUGUGCACAAGCGUUGUGAGAGUAAUGUAGCUCCUAACUGUGGGGUGGACGCCAGGGGCAUCGCUAAGGUGCUGUCCGACCUCGGAGUCACUCCAGAUAAACUCUCCUGCAGCGUCCAGAGGAGAAAAAAGAUCUCUCAGGGUCCAGAUCCGCAGCCCUUACCCAUAUCCCCACAGUUAGAAGAGGAUCGAUCCAAAUCUGCACCCACAUCACCAUGUGACCAGGAUAUAAAGGACCUGGAGAGCAUCAGAAAGGCACUUUCGUUUGACCAUCGCGGAGAGGAGCUGAAGCCAGCCUCGUCCUCCUCUCUGACCGAGGGCCUGUCAGAGGAGACGCAGGAGGCCAGAGAGAACGGGGACGUGAAGAUGCUCCAGACCAAAAGGAUGACGCUGGAAGACUUCUCCUUCAUCAAAGUGCUCGGGAAAGGCAGCUUCGGCAAGGUGAUGCUGGCAGAGUUAAGAGGCACUGAUGAGGUUUAUGCAGUGAAAGUGUUGAAGAAAGACGUGAUCCUGCAGGACGAUGACGUGGACUGCACUAUGACUGAAAAACGCAUUCUAGCACUGGCCAGAAAACACCCUUACCUGACCCAACUCUACUGCUGCUUUCAGACCAAGGACCGUUUGUUCUUCGUCAUGGAAUAUGUGAACGGCGGAGACCUGAUGUUCCAGAUCCAACGUUCACGCAAAUUCGAUGAAGCUCGUUCCCGGUUUUACGCUGCCGAGGUGACCUCAGCCCUCAUGUUCCUGCACCAAAAUGGGGUCAUUUACAGGGAUUUGAAGCUAGACAACAUUCUGCUGGAUGCAGAGGGUCACUGUAAGCUGGCAGACUUUGGCAUGUGUAAGGAGGGAAUCCUGGAUGGCAUCACAACCACAACAUUCUGUGGCACACCAGAUUACAUUGCCCCGGAGAUCCUGCAGGAGCUUGAGUACGGCCCGUCUGUGGACUGGUGGGCUCUAGGUGUGCUGAUGUAUGAGAUGAUGGCUGGCCAGCCUCCUUUUGAAGCUGAUAAUGAGGAUGACCUUUUUGAGUCUAUUCUCCAUGAUGACGUCCUUUAUCCUGUGUGGCUCAGUAAAGAGGCCGUCAGCAUUCUUAAAGCGUUCAUGACAAAGAGCCCCAGUAAGCGGUUGGGUUGCGUAGUGUCCCAAGGACUAGAUGAAGCUAUUAAAGUACAUCCGUUCUUCAAAGAGAUUGAUUGGGUACUUCUGGAACAGAGGAAGAUCAAGCCGCCUUUCAAACCACGUAUUAAAACCAAAAGGGACGUCAACAAUUUUGAUCAGGACUUCACCCGCGAGGAGCCAGUGCUCACCCCUGUGGAAGAUGCCAUUAUCAAGCAGAUCAACCAGGAUGAGUUCAAAGGCUUCUCUUACUUCAGCGAAGAGACCCUGUCCUAAUACUAAAACCUCCAUCUCCUGCGCUGUGCGGAGCGCUGCAAACGCUGUGAAUGCCCACAAGCAUCAUUUACCAAGAAUUUGAUGCUUUCAAUUAAAAGUAGAGAGUUAGGCGUUAUAAUCUUUCCUGCUGAACCCCAAAAACCGUACGUGUGUGCACAGAUACUCACACAUUUGCACCGAAUGAAACUGAGUCAUCUUUAUUUAAUGUAUAUAAAACACUUAAGGGAGCUCAUGUGACAUCACUAAAGCAGCUGGAUAGAGCUCAUUAGAAGUCCAUUUCAUGUUUCAUUUCUCCUCCCAUCAUGCAGUGAAUCAGGGUAAUGGUACACCUGGAGUCAAUCCAUUUACACUAGCACCAUUAUGAAAUACAAAAACCAAAUGUAAAGUACAAGUUUUGCAGAUGUGAUGCUUAUGAAUGUGAGAAUUGGGAGUUUUAAGCACUCAGCAUUGGGAUCUGAUCACAUAAUGGUCUGAUAGCCAGAGUCAGUGAUUGGACGGUACUGGGAAGGACUCAGAACUGCCUUUCAUGAGACCAUCAUGCCAUUUCCAUUUUAAAAAACAGUAGUGUGACAUAUAUGCAAGUCACCAAAACAAGUGUUGUGUGUGUGUGUGUGUGUGUGUGUGUGUGUGUGUCGUUUUUCUCAUUAUGUUACUGGAUUGUUUUGUUGCUAGGAUGUAGAAAUUGUUGGUUUCUCUACAAUGCAACAAGACCUUUUAUUAUGAAUGGGCCAGGACAGUAGCCAAUCCCAUCUCUAUAGUCUACAGUACGUACAAGUCCUGAUUACCCUGAUCAUUAGCCUGUGAACUUUGAAAAUAGACUAAUCAUCUGCUGCAUGGUUAUGCCUAUGAUAUUCUUGUGUAUUAUUAGACAAUGAGAAACUGUUAUGUGCAAUAUUCUGUGUGUGUGUGUGUGUGUGUGUGUGUGUGUGUGUGUGUGUGUGUGUGUGUGUGUGUGUGUGUGUGUGUGUGUGUGUGUGUGUGUGUGUGUUUGUGUGUGUGUGUGUGUGUGUGUUGGUUUAGAAUUAUUUUUUCCUCUCCAUCUCACCUUUAAUGUCUCUGAUUUCCACCGUUUUUUGCAGACUGUCCGUUUUGGUUGGUAAUCGUUAGGUUGUCAGGUCAUGCGAUAUCCAGCACAGGUCCUUUAUUUCAGCUGCUACAGCUUCUGUAUUUCAUAUACUCUAGUUAAACAAGAGGCAAAAUAUUAAGCUUCUGUGGCAAAAAAGUAAAAUACAUAGAAAUGAUCUUCCAAUCUAAAUAUAGCACAACUGAAGUACCCUAGAAUUACCCUAGAAUCAGUUCAUUUUAUUAUAAACAUAAGAAAUAAUGAACGCAUUUGUAAUAAAUUCAGCAUCUUAAACAUGUCAUUGCAAGUGUUUUUUUUUUGUUUUCUUUGUUUUU